CUAUCGAUAGCACCACGACUUGUGCUGUUUCACAUCACUAGCCCAACAGCUGAUUGUACACAAAACAAAACAGCAGUUGAGCAAAAAUUCUUGAUUUUCCUUUUGUAUCAAAUACUUUAUUAAAACCCCUACAAUGCACCGAUCCCACCCGAGCAUCAGUCGGCGCAAGCAUCUCAUGAAGGAGAUGAUGGAGGACGACUACGCCCUGCCCACGGAAACCCAGCAAAUCGCGCGGGUCCUCAGCAGCCGCGGAAACAAUCUCCACGAGGUGGAGACCGUGGAGGAGCGCUUCCUGGUGUCGAUGCCCAACAAAUUCCGCAAGAGCAUGUGGGUGAAGCGGGGCGACUUUCUGCUGGUCGAACCGAUUGAAGAGGGCGAUAAAGUGAAAGCCGAGAUUUGCAAAAUAAUCACUACCGAACAUAUAAAGGAGUACACAAAAGCAGGAAUUUGGCCUGAUAAAUUCACUAAGAAACCUGUUCAGGAGGAAGCCAGCAGUCAAAAUAAAGACGACUCCGAUUUCGAGGAUGAUCUCCUGCCCAAUACCAAUCGUCCUGUAAGACGGGAUUCCUCCGACGAAGAGGAGGAAGAUGAGGAAACAUCUAGCGAGGAGGACUGAACGACGUACAAACACAUAGUUAGGAUAUUUAAGAAGCUGUCAAACUGAAUUAAACAAAAACUGUUGGUUAAUGAA